GGUCCUUGCGCAGCGGGAAGAGGAUCUCGUGGAGUCGUUUGGGUUCGAAGAAGACGUUGCAGCAGACCUCGUUCGAUUGGCGAAGAGGAAUAUUACGAAUUUUGAUACCGCACAGAAGAUGUUGGUGACAAAUAACGGCGAGGCACAAGAAGAACGAGGUUUGGAAGACGUCGAGCAAGAUCAUCUUUAUGCCACCGACGAGCGGCUGCGACGCGCUUUCCAUGGUGCGUCAUCUUCGAGUACUCCUACGUCAACAGCGUUCGCCGAAACACCUCCUGAUGGAGAUGGUACUUCUAGUAGUACUACGACGCGAAUUUCUUCUCCAGCUGAGCAGAUCAUGAAAGAGCAACCAGCCCUGCUCGACGGUGACCUGACUGCGGCGGACCUGUUUCGCGCGAGCGAGAUCGAGCCGAUGGUGUCUGUGUUAGCGGUAUCCUGUGCAAAAGUAUCGUACUCGUAGUAAUUGCAUUUAUGGAUAACAAAUCUCUUUCUCAAAGUAAAUCAGCAUCACAAAUUCAAUUUGUAAUGCUGGGGGAAUUUGUAAUGCAAUUUAUACUAGUACGACACUUUUGCAUUGUAUAAGCGGAGAAGAUGAUUCCGCGCGAGACCGUGCUGAAAUGGAACGCACAGUUUCCGGCGCCGGAGGGAGUUUUGUGCAGGGUUUUCGAGAAAAAUACAAGCACCGAGAAAAAAGCUCCUUCGGAACCGGAAGAUAGUGCGGAUACGAUGUCCAGGACCUCCAGUAGCUCCGGCCCGUCUACCCCCAGUUCCGUUGCUGGGGACAAAGAAGAAGAUCAGCAGCGGCCAACAGCGGUAGAAGCUGCAAGUGAAGCAGCACUUGUUCUAGAUGUUGAACUUGGUUCGUCAUCAUCAUCAUCAUCAUCGUCCCCUGAAGAUGUCAACACGGAGAGCUACUUCUCCCUCCCGGAGUCUGUGUGGCUGACAGGAGAGGACGCAACAAGACUCACAGCGGACCACCGUAAAACAGGUUCUUUGUAUUCUUUCGCGCCGGUCGUGGCGGACAACACACCGCCGGGUAGCGUCCGCGUGUACGCGUUUCUGGAUAGCGAGUUUCUGGGAAAUUCCAAGGCGUUGAUCAACAUCCAGUCGCAGUUGUGGUUGUACUACGCAUUUUUGGAAAUGAUGUGUCUGAGUCUAGAAAAGGAAACGUCAAAGCUGUGAUGCGUAAGUGUCUAAUAUGACUGACGGAAGUGAGUAUCACUUUACUGAAGGGCAGCCAAGCAUGACGAAUUUUUCGAGCUGUGCUCUAUUGCUGCAUCACGUAGUGUACAUGACAAAUUGCGUUUUUGUAUGACGAAAGAGGCCGCCAUACAACUUUGCCUUUGUCCGGUACUAUGGAAUGCGGAUUUUCCAGAUGUGGUGCCUGACAAGCAUGACAAGUUUAUCUUUUUCCGGGCCAACACAUUUCAAUUUGCGCGUUGAUAUGUACCCGGACAAUUCUGUCAGCUGCACACUGCCCAGCUUGAAGCCGAUCCACGCGAUGGCGAAGUACAUUGAACACGGCGUUUUGAGUGACGAUAACGUCUACCAACCGGUUAUGGGAUUCUCAAUCGUUACAUUCUCACCUGUUACAUGAAUUCGUGAUGCAAGAAUGGCAACAGGGAAAGGCCGGAUCUUGCAACUCUUGCAUUACAAAUUCGGCACAGAUUCUUAUCCUGUUUAGCCCUUCCAAAAUUUGUGAUGCGAAGUAGCUUCAUUUUAUUGUGGACGUUGAGGUUCGUUGUGCAUGACAAAUCAUGUAACAGUUGAGAAUGUAACACUUGAGAACGCCAUAUCGGUCAUCCUGUUUCCACCAGAUCUGUACCAAAUGCGAAUAUGUCUGGGUCGGGAAGCAUGCAAUGUAGAACUGGUUGCCAUGCAACUUCUGGACGACAAGGACAACAUAGAAGGUCUGGAGCUGGACUGCGGACAAGAGCAUUUUUACAUGCAAUUUUUAGUUUUGCGAAUGCUUUAGCUUUCCAAUUUCUUUGCCGCAUGUUGAGAAAUUCGCCUUUACUUUUUCCGUCACAAGUAAAAGCGGGCAACAGUAAUCGGUGCUCAUGCAUCAAGUUUAGAUGUGUGCUCCUUGUUGAUUAGCAGCACAACUACCUUGUCCUUGCAUGGUCUUUCCAGUCCCACACACAUUUGCAUAUGGAUAAUCUGGACAGCCAAACCUUCGUCUUGCAGUGGAAUGGGGAGAAAACGGCGUUUCGUAUGGACCAGAUGGACCCGAAGACCGGACAGUACCUUGGGAAGAGCUACAUGUGCGCGUUGUGGGACCUGCUCGUGGCCCCGGUGCGGAACGCCAUGCGAGAGUUUAUGUAGGGAAGAACAUAAAAGGAUGGAGACGAUCAUGCUACAGAAGAUGAACAGCGAGGAGAGCGAGGGCAUGAAGAAAAGGUCCUGACCAAGCCGUGCGGCGACGAGGGCGUUCCUGCUGUGUCCGUCCGUCGAAGAGGACAAAAGCAUAUGGAAGGAGGAGUUGAAGUUGAUAAGCUCAGAAGGACAACAGCAACAGCUCUUGCUCUGGACAACGAUGAAACUGUCUUCAAUGAGAAUAAGAAAGCUGCUUCUACUUCUUCUUAAUCUUCGGGAUCAUUCGGCGUCUGUCCUCAAACUCUGCUGCUUCGUCAACAUUCAUGAGAAGGGAUCAGGGCUCCUGUCGCGUCUCGUUUUUUGUCUCGGGUCGGAUUCUUGGGCGCUUCCUUCGU